GGUCGGUUCGUUCCAAAGCUCCCAAGUUCCUGGCUGAAGACUGGAAGGUCUGGCAUCAUGGCAGCCAAGGUACUGACAACAAGUUGACUCUCAGCUCUGGUCUCACGCCCGUAACGACGUGCUCCCCAGGCCGCUCCGACCGGGUCAAGUCUCUUGGGGCCACUGACGCCUUUGACUACCACUCGCCCUCCGUCGGGAGAGACAUUCGGGCAUACACCGACAAUGAUCUGGCCAUGGCGGUCCAUUGUAUUACCACUACUGAAUCCAUGGCCAUAUGUUACGAGGCCAUGAGUGACGCCGGGGGCAAGUAUGUCGCUCUCGACCCCUUCCCGGCGCGGACGCAGACACGCCGGAGUGUGCGGCCAUCCUGAGUGUUUUCUUUGACCAUACUGGGAGAGCCAGUCCUGUGCAAUAAACACUUCAACGCCGACGCAAGACCAAAAACUCGGGCAUUUGCAAAAGACCUUGUUUUCGGUGGUGCAGCAGAUGCUGGAUGAGGGUCAAAUCAAGACUCACCAUUAUGAGGCCAGAACAGGGGGUCUGAAGGGCCUGAUUGAUGGAGUCGAAGAGGUGCGGAAGGGUCGGGUGGCUGGAAGGAAGCUUGUCUAUCAGAUU